AUGGCUUGCAUGAAGAUGAGAUGGGUAUAUAUUUCCCUGGUGGUCCUGGGAGCCUUUUGUCUGUAUUAUAACCUGGAGGAUCUGAAUCCUUUUAAAGGAGAACCAGUGAUUUUCAAGAAUGAACUUGGGGACUUCCUUCAGCUCCCAGAUAUAGAUUGCAGGCAGGAUCCCCCCUUCCUUGUACUGCUGGUGGCUUCAUCUCAUGAGCAGUGGUUUGUCCGCUUGGUCAUCCGGAGCACGUGGGGAAGAGAAAAGAUCAUAAAGGGAAAGCGGAUAAAAACAUUCUUUCUCCUGGGAACCUCUCCCAGUAAACACAUCUCAAGAGAAGUGGCCAAGGAGAGCCAGAAGUUUCGUGAUAUCAUCCAGAAGGACUUCACAGAUGUUUAUUUCAAUCUGACCCUGAAGACCAUGAUGGGGAUGCAGUGGAUCUACAGCUAUUGUCCACAGACGACUUUCGUGAUGAAAACCGACUCUGACAUGUUCGUCAAUAUCUACUAUCUGACCGAACUGCUCCUGAAGAAAAACAGAACAACUCGGUUUUUCACCGGCUUCCUAAAACUGAACGAGUAUCCCAUCAGGAAACGGUUCAAUAAGUGGUUUGUCAGUAAGUACGAAUAUCCGUGGGACAAGUACCCGCCCUUCUGCUCUGGCACUGGCUACGUUUUCUCCAGCGAUGUGGCGGGUGAGGUGUACCAUGUUGCCAAUAGCGUGCCCUUCAUUAAACUGGAAGAUGUCUUUGUGGGGCUCUGCCUGAAAAGACUGGAGAUCAGGCUGGAGGAACUUCACUCCGAGCAGACUUUCUUCCCUGAUGGGUUACCGUUCACCACCUGCCGUUAUAAGAAGAUUGUGGCUUCCCAUCAUAUCAAGCCGCAAGACAUCCUGAGGUACUGGCAGGCUCUGGAAGACUCCCUGCAAGAAGAGUGUCCAGAUAACUGA